GAACAUUGGAAAAGAGAACAGCUUAGCGCAUUGUGUACAACUAAAAUUUUAAUAAGUGUCUUUUCAAGAGUGAUUUUACGUAUCUGUGAAUAGUACAUCUACAUUGCAAAUCUUCGUAUUAUUCAAGUCUGAACAUUGCAUGGUGAAAAUGCGGUGGAGUCUGCUAGCUUUGGCGUGUGUGCUCGCGGCGGUGUGCGCCGACGAGAAGAAGGAGAAAGAUAAGGACAUCGGUACUGUCAUCGGUAUCGACUUGGGUACCACGUACUCAUGUGUUGGUGUAUAUAAAAAUGGACGAGUAGAAAUUAUUGCAAAUGACCAGGGUAACCGAAUCACUCCAUCCUAUGUAGCAUUCACUGCAGAGGGUGAACGUCUUAUUGGAGAUGCUGCCAAAAAUCAGCUCACCACCAACCCAGAGAACACGGUUUUUGAUGCCAAACGUCUUAUUGGUCGUGAAUGGAGUGAUUCAACUGUUCAACAUGAUGUCAAGUUCUUCCCCUUCAAGGUUGUAGAGAAGAAUAGCAAGCCCCAUGUUUCAGUAAAGACCGCUCAAGGCGAUAAGAUCUUCGCCCCUGAAGAAGUUUCCGCCAUGGUGCUUGUAAAGAUGAAGGAAACUGCUGAAGCUUAUCUCGGUAAGAAGGUUACCCACGCCGUCGUCACCGUCCCCGCCUACUUCAACGACGCUCAGCGUCAAGCCACCAAAGAUGCUGGAGUUAUCGCUGGUCUUAAUGUCAUGAGAAUUAUCAACGAACCUACCGCUGCUGCUAUUGCUUAUGGUCUUGACAAAAAGGAAGGUGAAAAGAAUGUCCUCGUCUUUGACUUGGGUGGUGGUACUUUUGAUGUGUCUCUCCUUACUAUUGACAAUGGUGUAUUUGAAGUAGUCGCUACUAAUGGUGACACUCAUUUGGGUGGUGAAGACUUUGACCAGAGAGUUAUGGAACAUUUCAUUAAACUGUACAAAAAGAAGAAGGGUAAGGAUAUCAGAAAGGAUAACCGUGCUGUGCAGAAAUUACGUCGUGAAGUUGAAAAGGCCAAGAGAGCUUUGUCUUCCAGUCACCAAGUCAAAAUCGAAAUUGAAUCGUUCUUCGAGGGUGAUGAUUUCUCUGAAACUCUUACCAGAGCUAAGUUCGAAGAGCUGAACAUGGACCUCUUCAGAUCCACCCUUAAGCCUGUACAAAAGGUAUUGGAAGAUGCUGAUAUGAACAAGAAGGAUGUUGAUGAAAUUGUACUGGUUGGUGGUUCUACCCGUAUCCCUAAAGUUCAACAGCUUGUCAAGGAGUUCUUCAAUGGCAAAGAGCCAUCCCGAGGUAUCAACCCCGAUGAAGCCGUUGCCUAUGGUGCGGCAGUCCAAGCCGGUGUCCUCAGUGGUGAACAAGACACAGAUGCUAUUGUCCUUCUCGAUGUCAAUCCUUUAACCAUGGGUAUAGAGACUGUUGGAGGUGUGAUGACUAAAUUGAUCCCACGUAACACUGUCAUUCCUACAAAGAAGUCCCAGAUCUUCUCUACCGCCAGCGACAACCAGCACACAGUAACCAUCCAAGUUUAUGAGGGUGAACGUCCAAUGACCAAGGACAACCACUUGCUUGGAAAGUUUGAUUUGACUGGUAUUCCACCAGCACCUAGAGGCAUUCCACAAAUCGAAGUCACAUUCGAGAUUGACGCUAAUGGUAUACUCCAAGUAUCCGCUGAAGACAAAGGCACAGGAAACAGGGAAAAGAUUGUCAUCACUAACGAUCAAAACAGACUUACACCAGAAGAUAUUGAAAGGAUGAUCAAAGAUGCAGAGAAGUUUGCAGAUGAUGACAAGAAGUUGAAGGAGCGAGUUGAGUCCAGGAACGAACUUGAAAGUUAUGCAUACUCAAUUAAAAACCAACUCCAGGACAAAGAAAAACUUGGUGCCAAGGUCUCUGAUGAUGAUAAAUCUAAAAUGGAGGAAGCUAUCGACGCUGCAAUCAAAUGGCUAGAAGACAACCAAGACGUUGAUUCAGAAGAAUACAAAAAACAAAAGAAGUCUCUUGAAGAUGUUGUCCAGCCCAUCAUAGCGAAACUCUACCAAGGGCAAGGCGGCGUCCCACCACAGGGCGCAGGCGGUGAAGACGACGAGUUCAAGGACGAGUUGUAACAUGACAGACUGAAUACUAGUGACCGUAGCCAAAUGUGAUCUCCGUAAAGGUCACUACAGAUUAGGUACAUUGUAAUAAUGUGUAUGGUGUACAUAACCUGUAAAGAUAAACGGAUACAAAGUGUUUUAGCCGGUGUUGUGUAUAUUUAUUAGUGUGUUGAGUGCAUGGGAUGUGCGGCGGUCGGCAGGUCUGGACCUCGCCGAAUGCUCGAUAAUAGUAGUUGGUCGCCGCGCAUGUGUAUGACUGGAAUAGUAUGUUAAUGUGUAAAUUGAUGCAUUUUUUAUUUGUAAAGAAAUCAGUCGCGAAUCUCGUGAAGUCUGUAUAUCUUUAGUUCAUUCUUCACGACCGCUUGAGACCACGACGAAUAUUUAGUCUCGGGUCACUCGGAGACUACCUCAAUGUUUGAUGAUUGUUCAUUCCUGAAUGUAAUUGUUUUGAGACUGCCGAGUUGUUAGGUCUUAAUUAUUAGAUAAUAUUAUAAUUAUGUAGUUAUAAUUUUCGGUCGAAGUACGGAAGGAGUACAUUAAUAAAAAAUAUUUCUAUGAA